UGCACGUUAUCGAUUCAACCCUCAAACCCUUCACCAAAAACCAACCUCCACACCAAGAAACCAACCCAUCACCAUAAUCUCAAUAAACACACACCAAAUUCUCCCAAAAAAAAAAAGCCACUCACAGAUCCAGCAUCCAUGGAACAACAAAUCAUUGAUCCUCUCCAAAACCUUAAUCUCGAACAACAACAACAAAAGACAACCGAACAGAAAUCAUUGUCUCCGCCGCCGCCACAGAGCCUGAACGAGGUUGAAAAAAUGAUCGGAUACGAUUUUAAGAAUAAGGAGUUGUUAAAAGAAGCUUUCACUGAUGCUUCGUAUAAAACAGAGGAUGGUGUGUCCUACGAGCGGCUUGAGUAUUUAGGGGAUUCGGUUUUGAACCAUUUGAUUGCAAAGCUGCAUUAUGUUUUGUAUAAGAGUAUGGCCCCUGGUGAGUUGACUCGGUUGCGAGCCGCCAAUGUUGACACGGAGGCGCUGGCUCGAGCCGCGUUGAAAUAUGACCUGCAUAAAUAUCUCCGUCACCGGAAACCGCUUCUGGACGUACAGAUUCAAGAAUUCAUGGAAGGGAUAUUGGAGUACCCGUCACACUCCUAUGGUAUGAUCGAUCCGCCUAAAGUUCUUGCUGAUAUUCUCGAGUCACUGAUCGGUGCCAUCUUCCUCGAUACCAAUUCAUCAAUGGAUGAUACCUGGAAGGUAGUGGAGCGUUUGUUGCAACCAUUAAUCACUCCAGAAACCUUGAUGCAGCAUCCGGUGGCUAAGUUCCACGAAGCGUGCCAGAAGAGCGGGCUUAAACCAUAUGCGAAUGAUAUGUGGAACAAAACUGGGGAGAUUGAGAUUUACAUAAACGAUGAAGUGAUUGGACGAGGAUGUUACAAGCUAAAGAAGAUAAUCGCUGUGAACAGGGCGGCUCAUGAUGCGUACAAGAAUCAGUUUGGUAACAAAGAUGGUGGUAUUGGGGCUUAAUCAACACCAUCUUUGUAUCAAAUUAAACGAGCUAUUUCCUAUGUGGUUACAAAGGAAAAAGCUCGUUUAUUUUGGAACGAAGAGGGUCAUUGCAAGAUCGUUUUCUGUUUUCUUGCACUCUUUCCUGUUAUUUACUUUCGUUUGGUGAAUCUGUUUAUUUGGUCUUACUUUCUUGACAUUUUGCUUACCGUACGUUAAAGUUGAUUACUUUUUGCUAUAUUAUGUGUCGUCUUUAUCAUGGA